AGACAAGAACAGAAACCAACACAGUAAGAAAAAAAGACCUCACAUCAACAAGAAACACCUACUUCUGCAAAUUGGCCGAUACUACACGAUAAACAUGUCUACCGAAGCCACCGCGUCUAGCAAUUGCGUCUUGUCCAGCAGUGCUAGAAUUUUCGCACACCGAACCCGUUCCCUCAGCGAGGCGCCCCUAAGAAGAUAUAACUUCACCUUCGAUACAGGGUUUUUGACAGAUGACACCAACUUUGACAUAAGCGACUCUGAAUUCGAAUUGGAAUCCGUGGGCAGCUCACCAGAACGAGGAUUCCAUUCGUCCGACAGACCCAGGACAGCUUACAGGCGCGUCAGACCAGGAAGACUACACCGAAUCAAUCUUCCCGGCCUGGACACCGCUCACUUUGGUAUCAACAUACCCGACGAGCAGCUACCACGUAACGAGCCCAUCCCAGAUGACAGUGUUCUCCCCGAGCUCCCCGAAGAGACACGUACCGUGCUCAAUGAAUCUGGCGAGCCUAUCACAUCUUCGUCCUCGGACGAGCGUGAAGCGGCUACCGUAUCAGUGGGAUUCAGCCAUGCUCAUCUAGCCAACAGGCCAAGCGGAACAACCCCACUCAGACCCUCGCACACGAGGGUGGAUGCUUCUCGGGCCCGAUCCGAGGCCGGAACAGAGAGCCGGCUAUCCAGGUUCGGGAGCACUAGCGAUGGAAUUGUUAGAGAAUACUACGAGCAGUAUGUCCCUAGAUCUGCGGGUCCCAUUACUAUUGGUGCCUCAGAGACUAGUACACAGAAUCAGGCAAAUUUGACGGGAGCACAGCAGCUGCCCACAGGCAGCGCAGGAAGUGACUGUGGCCGUCCGAACGCUAUUCCUGUCUACAUCACCAUCAAGAUCGACUAUGAUCCCGCUGUACUAGACGUACGGGGCUACGAUGUGACAGCUACGCCGCGGAACACACCGGCCAGGGAGGAACGAGGCGAAGAAGGAGAUCAGGAGGAAGAUGGUCAGGCGGAAGAUGGACGGAACGGCGGCUGUAGAAUGCAUUGAGUGAAUUGUUUCUUGUUUGCGUGGUGAUGGAGUUGAGAGUUUGAGAAUAGCCCUGAAAUAGUACCUCUCUUUAAUUCAACCUUGCAUUAUUUUUUUUAACUGCUCGAAGAGUGUACCUUCUAAAAUAUGGCACCUCGGACUUCGUACUUGCGGUCAACGUUAUCUUAGGUGAACUAGAUGUGGAUAGGCCGAGCGUGAAGUCUCU